CAUUCGAUCCACCUUUACCACAAUACCCUUGUCCUUCAAUUUUCUUACACUCACCUCCCUAUACACAGAUUACAUCACACACAGACUAAGGAACCAAUCAACAAAUAUCUAUCAACUGUUCUCUAUCUCCCCUUCUCCUUGUCUUCCAUUUGGGCGACGUUUGUUUUUGAGACACAGACUUAUAGUUGUACUUUUGUCUUGCAAAUCUUGGAAUCUCAAUGUUUCUUGAUCUGGGUAUCAAGUAUUUCUUCUUUAGAUCAUAGUUUAGUGUUAAAAAUCUUUGCUUUUGUCUCUAUCAGAGAAAAACCCAUCUGGGUUUUGGUCUUUUUUGUGCGCCUUUGCUUUCUUUAACAGAUUCGAAGUGAUGGGUUUCUUGAUAAAGUUGCAAAUAAGGUUUGUUCAAUAUCAGAAAUAUUCUUCAUCUGUAUGAGUUUUUCUUUUACGGAGUUAUAGAAUUAUGGGUAGAGGCAGAGGUAAGGGAAAGAAGUUGACUGUAAGCAAUCAUGAUGAUACUGGAAGUGGCGAGGAAGAGAAAAUUCCAGCGCAGAAGAGAAGGGGACGGCCACAAAAACCACUGAAAGAUGACAUUGAUGAGGAAGAAGUUGAAAAAAUUGAAGAUGAAGAGGUGGAGAAUGGAAAAACUGGUAUCACAAGCAAAGAGACAAAAAGUCCAACGGCAGCAGAAAAUGGAAAGAAGAGGAAGCGAUAUUCACAGGCAAAGGAGAAACCUGAUUCUGUAAAGGAAGAAAAUGGUGUUGGAACCAGAUCAAGUACUGAUGACUCAACCAAGUCUAAUGGUUUUCGGCAUAACAGAAGUAGGCGGAAAAACAAGCCUCGUCGUGCUGCUGAAGCAGGUGUGGAAUGUAAGUGAAGGCAAUCGCUGGCUUUUGCAGCGGGUCUCUUCUUUUGAUGACUUUCCAGAUAAAUUAUAUAGGAAAUGAGGCCUAGUAAGAUCUCCAGUUUCAUUUGAAUUUUUUGGUUUAUCAUUUUGGUAAUCUUUUUGCCAAUCCCUUUUCACUUUAAUUGGGAGUUUUGUACUUCCUGUAAUUUUUAUAAUGCUUUUAUGUUUCAUACCAUCACUUGGUUCAUCUAUCAUAUGAUUUGCAAACCUGCUUGGCCUGUUGAAA